ACAUUUUUGACAGGCGCGUUUACAGAGUGUAAGAAUUUGAAAUGUUGUAAAUACAAAACAGGAAAAAAUGCCAAAACGGUCAUGUCCUGACUAUGACAUUAUACAGCCGAUAAAGAAACAACUAAAUAGUAUAUCAAAAUCGCGAAAAAUCCGCUCGUCAUCGUCAGAGCGGACUCUACAAUUAUUAUAUCAAGGGGCUUCAAAACGCGAAAAGAAUGAGGAAACAAACUCGCUGUGUACAGUGUGCUCAAAAGAAGCCCCCACGGAUGUGAUGUGUAAUUACUGUGAACACACGUUAUGUUUGCAAUGCACAAAUAUGUGCUAUAAAUGCAGUAGUGGGUUUUGUAAUAACUGCUCAUUUCCUACGUAUGAUCAGAAUAUCUCAGUUUGUUAUUCCUGCAGUUAGUUCGAUAUUAUUUAUUUUCUAUUAAUUUAUUGUGUAAAUUGUACUUUCAAAUGGCAUGGAAUAGAUACCUUAGAUUUGUUUAA